CUUGAGUCCUGAGUUCAGUUCUGUUAAGAGGGUUGCCCAUACUCAUCCCCCUUGCUAGUCCUGUACUAGGGCCCAUUGGCUUUUCCCUAGACAGUAAACAAGAAAGUAAAAAUGAUGUAAGUGUGUAUUGACUUUUUUAAUGAAGAAUGGAUAGGAGGCUGCUAGUUUAACAAACUUAUUUUUGGACAGGAUGUCUUAUGUAAUUUUUCUUUAUUAUCUAUUCACCUGACUGCGUUGGUGAAGAUGGCAAAAGUUGGCCCACCUCGGGUUUGUAGCUGUGCUGUGAAGUUCUGAAUCUUGGAUAAUAUAAUAAUUAUUGUAGUAGAAAUUUACCUUAUGUUAGUCUUAUCUUGGCAAUCUUAGUUUGUUAUGAUAUCAAUGACGUGCUACGUGGUUCCUGCAAGGAAUAUGAGGAAUCGUGGCAAUCCAUGUCCUUCCGCUGAUGGAACGAAAUUCAUUACUUAUGGCGGAAAAGGGUCAGCCACUUCCAAAAUUUGGUGAAUGGGAUGUCAAUGACCCUGCCUCAGCUGAUGGCUUCACUGUAAUCUUCAACAAAGCAAGGGAUGAAAAGAAGACCGGUGGCAACACCGAGUCUCCUGGAAAGGCUGAUACCCCUGUCAAGCAUUCAGUGGAUUCAGGCAAACCACCAAGUAAGAAAUGGUUUUGCUGCAUGCAAAACCCAGCAGCAGAAGCUUGAAGAGGCGUACUCAUCCUCUUUCAAAGGUUCCUCUUUCAUCUGCAUGUUUAUUGUCCAGUUGGCCCCACUGCUCUCUUGAGGAACAAAGAACAUAGGAAGUGUAGAGCAUCAUGAUCUCUAUCUCUGGGAUUGUUUCACUGUGCUGUAAAACCCCCGAGUCAUGGGGGAUGAAGUAAGUUGACGACAGACAUAUAUACGAUUCUUAUUAAGCCUAUUAUGUAUUAUCCUGUUGGAUGGUCUGUUAAUUCCAA